AUGACCUUCAAGCUCUUCCACCAGGCCUCACCCUCCAGCAGCUUCCUCCCCGCCCCUUCUCCCAUUGCCCCACCCUCCUACUUCUCCCCUCGUCGUAGAAGCCAUACCGCAGCUCCUCAGCCACAGCGCUUCAGUCUCUUGCAACAAAAUCACUUCGACCCCAUAUCGUUCUACCUUGCGCCGCCUCGAUCAGAGACCCCGAGGGAGAAGACGCAGAGGUUGAAGGAAGAAAGAGAGGCAAAGAAGAGGUCGGAAUGUAUUGACAAGUCCCUCAAAGAGGACGGGGCGCGAGCGAGGAGGGCGAGGGAUGAGGAGAAGCAGAUCUUGCUACUCGGACAGGCUGAGGCGGGCAAGACUACUAUCCUCAAGCAGAUGCGACUACUAUACAAUCCUACCGCCUAUCAAGCAGAGCGUGCAUCAUGGCGCGCCAUCAUACAACUCAAUCUCAUCACCGCCGUCAGAGUACUCCUAGAGAUAUUUGAAGCCUCCCAAGCUGAUGAGAGACGCAUAGAGCUACCCACCAGACCCGCCACCGUGUCGUCACCAGCGCCAUCUUCCACUUCAAAGCGUCACCUGGAGUCGAAAGGCAGCACUUCGACAGCCCCUCUGACCGUACCGUCUACUGCUCCUCCUGCAACAUCGGCGGGCAAGAAUGCCGCUUUCCUUGUUCGUCUUAGACUAGCGCCUCUGCUUGGUCUAGAGUCCUCUCUACGUACUGAGCUUGGCGCUCUUGGUGAGACUGCGCCUCUACCAGCCGAUAGCCGAAGCGUACCCGUCACUCCCCUUUGGGCUCCUCGAAAGGAUGCCGCUUCUUUCAAGCUCAACACGACCAAGGGCAACGACCUCUUCCUGCUUGCGGGGUGGACCUCGAAGCUCCGAAGCAUCUCGCCUGGGAGGUUUGAUUCAGACCGGAUGUCAAUCGCGAGCUCAACGAAUAGCCAAAGGACUAUUACCUCGCGGCUCAGGAGAGUCUCUUCUCAUCGUGCUUUCGGAGGUGCUCGAAGUGAGAGAGAGCAAGAGGGUUUGGCCUCUAGCGCCAAUUCCUGUGUCCUGCCUCCCACUUCAGAGACUACCAGCCUCCUCCUUGCGUGCAAAGAAACGAUCAGGAGCCUCUGGAACGAGCCCUUCGCUCAGCAGCUGCGCCAGCAGAACCCCUCUAUCCUGAAUUCUGGAGCAAGCGAUUCGACCGUCUACUUCUUGGAGAAUCUCGACCGCAUUGCCUCGGUCGACUACCAGCCAACAGAUCAAGAUGUGCUACACGCCAGGGUGCGCACAGUAGGCGUUACCGAAGAGGUUUUCACUAUCGACCAAUCGAACAAGGUGCGCGUCUACGACGUCGGCGGAAGCGUCUCACAGCGCCACGUGUGGUCUUCCUACAUGGAGGAUCUCGGUAUCAGUGCCAUCCUCUUUCUUGCCCCCCUUUCAGCCUUUGACCAACAUCUGACCGAAGACCCUCGCGUCAACAGGCUCGCAGACUCUCUUGACCUCUUUGAACAAGUCGUAGAGAACCCCUUGCUGAGGAAUGUCACCCUCGUCCUCUUCCUCAACAAGAUGGACCUUCUCGAAGCCAAGCUCAAAAGUGGUAUACGUGUCAGGGACCACUUUACGUCCUACAAGGGGCGAAAUGAGUACGAAGACGUCUGGAGGUGGUUCAGAAAAAAGUUCAGAGCCAUUGCAGAUAGCGCUACAGCCCGUGCUAACGCGGCGGCUUCGGCCGCCACUGCCCCCGGGGCGAGCGCUGCUUGUGGAUCUGCGGCUGCUAUGGCUACGGCUAAUGCUACGAGCAGUGUAGUUGCAAGUGGUGACAACAAGAGACUACUCUAUGUCCACACCACCGUCGCUAUUUCCACGAAGCAGAUUCGCGCGAUCUUGUGCGAUGUCAAUGAUGCUCUCCUGAGGGAGAAUUUGAAUGCUGCGGGCCUUUGUUGA